CUCUAUGAUCUUCAGUCGGUCAGCAAUGGAGUUUCAAGAUUUCAUCCUUAUAGCUGCAUGUUCUUUAGGCUUCAUCUCUCUCUGCAAAACCUUCAUCCGAUUUGUGAAAUGGGCCUGGGUUUCGUUCUUCAGACCUGCAAAAAAUCUCAACGAGUAUGGCUCUUGGGCUCUCGUAACUGGCUCCACCGAUGGAAUCGGCAAAGCCCUUGCCUUUGAGUUAGCUUCGGAGGGCAUUAAUCUAGUCUUAGUUGGUCGCAACCCUUCAAAACUUGAAGCUACGUCGAACGAAAUACAGGAAAAGUUCGCCGGAAAAGUAGACGUAAAAGGUAUUGUUAUAGACUUCGCGAAAUUAAGUGGAAAAGAGAUAUCAAACAUGGUGGAGGAAGGGAUUAAAGGGUUAGAUGUUGGAAUUUUGAUAAAUAAUGCUGGGAUGGGAUCUCCUUAUCCGAUGUUUCUUCAUGAGGUUGAAUCUGAGGUUUUGGAGAGCCUAGUAAGGGUGAAUAUGGAUGCUGCAACUUGGGUGACGAGAGCUGUGCUUCCGGGCAUGCUACAGAAGAAGAAAGGAGCCAUUGUAAACAUUGGUUCUGGUUCCUCCAUGGCCGUUCCUGCUUUCCCUUUAGGCACUGUUUAUGCUUCAACAAAAGCGUAUCUGGCGAUGUUCUCGAGAUGCAUUAGUUUGGAAUACGAGCAACACGGAAUAGAUGUUCAGUGCCAGGUUCCACUAUAUGUGGCAACAAAGAUGAUAAGAGGUUUCAAAACAGCUUCUCUAUUCACUCCCUCACCGGAAAUGUACAGCAAAGCAAGUAUCCGAUGCAUCGGUUAUGAACAUAUCUGCACACCCUACUGGUUGCAUUCUGUGCAGUGGUUUUUAAUACAAAGGUUGCCAGUUGCAUUUUUAAAUUGGUACAUGUUUCGGUUCUUCCUUAAAAUAAGCAAAAGAAGAAUGGAGAGUUAUAAAUACGAGGUUUCGAGUGUGAACCGCUGAAAACAUUCUAUGCAUUAAUAAUGGAGUUGUUGUUUGAUGAUAAGGCCGAAUACAGCACUGUAUUAUAUAUAGCAAAAUCUGGAUUUUGGAAAUGUGCAUGUAGCUAGGGAAACUGCAUUAUGUUGGGGGAGACAUUUCAGAGUAUUUUAUCUAAAUGCAUGCCAAGAGAAUAGAAUGGAGAUGAUUCGAUGAGGUAAAUUCUAAGAGUGCUCUUUCAAACAUGGAUGUACGUGCAUGUGUAUUAAGAGGGAUCCGAAGCAAAAAUAAAAUUCAUGAAGUACUCUAA